CGUCUCCUCACGAGAGACAGUUGUCACGUAUCCAUAAAUGUCCCGAGUGUGAUAAAUGUUUCAAGCAUCACUCGGUGCUCAUCGAGCAUCAGAGGGUCCACAGUGGGCUGCAGCCCUACAACUGCUCCGAGUGUGGGAGGGCUUUCAGGACAGCCACUCUGCUGGCGGGACACAGGCUCCGCAAGUGUAAAAAUGCUGCGUAUCUUUGCAUUAAAUGCGGGAACAGUUUUCCAACUUCACUUGACAAAUUCAGGCACCAUUGCCCUAAACGAGGUCGCAGCCACGACUGCAGGCAAUGUGGAAAAAGUUUUUCAAAAUCUAGCAGCCUGAAGGAACAUCUGCUAACUCACGUUCAAAGCCGCCUUUUCAAGUGCAGCCAUUGCGGUGCUGGUUUUUCAGGAAUUGGUGACCUAAAAUACCAUCAGCAAGUGGACCAUGACAAGCCUUAUCAGUGCAAGCAGUGUGGAAAGAGCUUUAUCUCUUCAAAGUGUCUGCUCAAACAUCAGCAGAGGCACGAAGAGGGGGGUGAAAUGGAGACAGUGAAACAUCUGACUGGAGGGAAAUAUAGGAGGAGUGGUCAUCGCAUGUUGCUGUCUUCCAGGAAGACCUCUGUCAAAGCCGGCUACCCAGGAGGAAGAGUCACUCAUAACUGCCCGCUGUGUGGGCGCAGCUUUAAGUAUCGCUUUGAGUUUCUUGAACACCAGAGGUUCCACACGGCAGUGAAGCCCUACAAGUGCUCUCAUUGUGGGAAAGCUUUUCGGACUGAAGCUCACCUGUCUGGGCACAGGAAGAGGAAGUGUAAAAACGCUGCCCACAUUUGUACAAAGUGUGGGUCUCAGUUCAGGUCUCUGCACGAGCGGGUCAGACACCAGUGUGUGCAGCUGCUGACGAAAUACGAGUGUUCUCACUGUGGAAAGACCUUCAAGAUGGCCCACCUGCUCAGGAAUCAUCAGAUGAGCGAACACCAGCUUCCGUACAGCCCCAACCAUCGCUUCAGGUGCAGGUACUGUGACGAGACGUUUCCCGGCAUCAGCGAGCUAAAGUAUCACCAGAGAGUUGACCACGAGAAACCUUAUCAGUGUCAAGAAUGUGGCAAGUGCUUCCUGUCAGAAAAAUGUCUGGCUAACCACGAGCUGCGGCACAAUGACGACAGACCUGAAAGCUGCCUGGUCUGUGGUCGGGGCUUCAGAAACCGCUACGACUUGAAGCAGCACAUGCGCACGCACACAGGGGAGCGACCGUACCAGUGCACGCACUGCUCCCAGUGUUUCUCCACCGCAGGAGGACUGCGGAGUCACACCCGGGUCCACACAGGCGAGAAGCCGCAUGAGUGCCCCGAUUGUGGGAAGGCUUUCUCUCAGAUGGGGGCCAUGCGCACCCACAGGCUCACACACACAGGAGAGAGGCCUUUCAAGUGCACAGUGUGCGGCAAAGGGUUUACAAUGGCGCACAAAGUAACAGUUCACAUGCGUGUGCACACCGGAGAGCGGCCCUACGUGUGCUCUCAGUGCGGGAAAGCCUUCUCAGACGGAAGUGUGCUGAAGCAGCACAUGCUGAACCACUCGGGGGUGAGACCGUACCACUGUCAGCUCUGCCCCAAAACCUACACCUGUCUGAACCACCUGAGGAGGCACCUGAAGAGCCAUUCCAACAUAAACUGAGUUUAAACACCAUCAACAUGCUGAACUAAACCUUUUGAAACUGCACUAUCAAGAGAAAUGGUACUGAAGUGUUAACUGACAAUAAGCCUCCAGUAUCGCUGAUAUAACAUGCAGACCUUGAGCUGGGAAGAAUGUUUCACUGUUCGCUGCAAACUAAAUAUGUUCCCAGACUGUGACAACC